CACAUUGAAAUGGGCGGUCUGGAAACAUAGUGAGAGGAUCCUCAGGUGCUUUCCUCUGCUGACGAUAUUGACAGCGCGGCUUGAUGUUCUUGAAAGCAGCACGGUGCACCGAUAUUGUUUACAAGUUUUAAAAGAGAAAGAAUAGCAACAAACAACGAUUUACGUUUUGUGAAUUAGCGUUGCAUUUUUGGAGCCAACAAUGGGGAAAGUGGAAGGAGGAAUGAAAUGUGUAAAAUAUCUACUUUUCAUCUUCAACUUCAUAUUCUGGUUGAUGGGCUCGUUGGUCCUUGCGGUUGGAUUGUGGUUGCGGUUCGAUCCUGAGACCGUCGCUCUGCUGAACGGAGACGGAGCGCCAGACACCUUCUUUUAUGGUGUGUAUAUCCUGAUCAUAGCGGGCAGUCUAGUGAUGUUGGUGGGAUUCUUUGGCUGCUGUGGAGCCAUACGAGAGUCCCAGUGUCUGCUGGGGUCGUUCUUUGCCUGUCUGCUGAUAAUCUUUGGAGCAGAGGUUGCCGCUGGUGUGUUUGGCUUCUUAAACAAAGACAAGAUAAUCGAAGAUGUCCAGAACUACUACAUCAAAUCCUACAACGACGACAACAGCAACAACAACACAAUGAUACAAAACUCUUACCACAAAGUUCUGAACUGUUGUGGAACGUCCCAGAGCGUCUGCCCCGAGGCCCCAGCUGACACCAAGGACUGUGAGGUGGGCAUCAAGGAGUUCUUCAACAGUAAACUCUACAUCAUCGGUUACGUGGGGAUCGGCAUCGCUGGAGUCAUGAUUAUAGGGAUGAUCUUUAGUAUGGUGCUGUGCUGUGCCAUCCGCAACAGCAGGGAGAUCAUCUAACCAGGCAGAGCUUCCAGUCCUCCAGCACCCCCAACAGCCCAACUCCAGUCCUCCAGUCCCCCCAACGGCCCAGCUCCAGUCCCCCCAACGGCCCAGCUCCA